AUGAACUACGUUUUUGAAUGGUUCAAGUUGGGAGCAUCCAGUGGUCGAGUGGUGGCUGGCGGUCACGAAGAAGGUAAUCAGACUAACCAGCUAACGUAUGUGACAAAAGUUAUCGUUGACAAGAAUGGAACCAUGUUUAUUUGUGAUCGUGAUAUCAUGCAAGUUAAACGAUGGUUUAAAGAUGCCAGUCAUGGGGAAAUACUUAUUGCGAAUAUUUCAUGUUGGGGACUGGCGAUCGACAACAAAGAAACCUUGUAUAUUUCUGACUUUGAGCAACAUCUUGUAAUUACAUGGCCUGGGGGCCAGGUAGUAGCUGGUGGAAACGGAGAAGGACAUGCGCUUAAUCAACUAUCAGAACCUAACCAUAUAUUCGUCGAUCAGGAUCAGUCAGUUUUCGUGACCGAUUUCCACAAUAACCGUGUGACGAAAUGGCCAACCGGUGCCAAAGUAGGCAUUGUUGUAGCUGGCGGUAAUGGACAAGGGGAUGACCUGAAUCAGUUGAACGGAAUAAAGUAUUCAAAAAUAAUGUGA